UAAAGAUAGCAGUUGUGAAAUACCAGUCAGGCGUUAUAUAACAGAUUUUAACCCCGUACUAGUUUGAAAAGUCACCAGUCCGAAAAGAGGACGAAUGGAAAUGGCCACGUUUAAACUGACUGUUUUUGCAGGAUUGCUGACGUUCUGUCUGGUGCACUCGACAGAUGUCGUUGACGAUGUCAGGCUUGCCCAGCUGAUUAAGGAGCGGGAGGUUAGAAGUACAAGUUCUGUUCAGAUAUCAAAGCCGACGCCAACUCGACAUUUUGAGCAUUAUGUACAACUUGAUACCGAGGGUAACUACUGGCUAUUUUGGAGCACCAAUGCCACCCACGUGACCUUUGAGACACACGUGAACACGCAUGGGUACAUUGGUUUUGGAAUCUCCCCGAAUGGAAAGAUGUUCCCUGCUGACGUCAUCGUGGGCGGAGUCAAGGAUGGUCAAACCUACUUCAAGGACUAUCACACUACCCAGCAUGCUCCACCAGUAGUUGACCAAUCACAAGACUGGUUCCUUAUCGCUGGCAAGGAAACUGCAUCCGGGACAAUCCUCACCUUUGUGCGCAAACUCAACACAUGUGAUAGUGUUGGCGACAUGGUCAUUACGGAUGACACCACUAGAAUUAUCUUCUCCUAUAAUCCGGAAGACGUGACGAGUUAUAUCCCCUACCAUGGCGCCACCAGGCGGGGAACAAAGAGCGUCCUGCUGUUGUCUUCGACCUUGACAGCUGACGAUGUCCAUAUCCCCUCCGACACAAUCACUUACGACUUUCUUCACGACAACUACCACCUUCCGUCCGACACCACGACUUAUUUUUGUCGAGCCUUCAAGUUGCCACAAAUGACCAAGAAGCACCACAUGAUCAAGUUCGAACCAAUAGUUACACCUGGAAAUGAGCUGAACGUUCACCACAUACUCAUAUUUAAAUGCGAUAAGCGUGCUGCGGAAUUGGCCUCCUAUGACGGCGCCCACUUCCGGUGUGAAAAAGGUGAGACUGUACCGGAACCCCUUCGUGGGUGCCUCAGCAAGGUGAUAUUGGCGUGGGCCAUUGGGGGAGAGACGUUCUAUUAUCCCCCUACCGCCGGGUACUCCCUCGGGACGGAUGCUGACCCCGACUUCUUUGUCAUGGAGACACACUUCGAUAACCCACUGGCUAAAUCAGAUAUUAUAGACAGCUCCGGAAUCAGGAUCACCAUGACACCGACGCUCCGUACACACGAUGCCGGACUCCUACAGAUCGGAUUGGGUGUUUCACCACUACAACUUGUACCCCCUAUGGAACCCUCCUUCGUCUCCGAAGGAUUCUGUCCUUCGGAACUUCUCGGGAAGGGUGUACCAAAAGAAGGUAUCAACGUGUUUGCUAUGGUACAACACUCCCAUCUUCUGGGAAAAAAAAUGAUAACACGUCACUUCCGGAAUGGGAGAGAACUCGAACCACUGGCUGCCGAUACACAUUACGAUUUCAAUUUCCAAGACAUGCGCUACUUGUCAAAAGAGAAAAAAGUAUAUCCUAUGGACAAAAUCAAUGUGAAAUGUGUUUACGAUUCUCGACACAAACGAGAACCUACACUGGGAGGUCUAUCCACAAACGAGGAAAUGUGCCUGUCGUUCAUAGCGUACUACCCUCGUAUGCACCUAGAUAACUGUCAGAGUUUACCCAUCUAUAACACGAUAUCUAGCAACUUUAACGACGUCAGAUCUAUCCUGAGAUCAUGGAACUGGACAGAUCCGGCAGUAAGGACGAAGUUCCAAUCAGCGCUAGACAACUCCAUUCAUUACCACUUCUCCUCCGGAGACACCGCUGCUGUCAAUGCUAACGUGCAGACAACGGAACAUGCAACAAACUAUCCUUAUGUCAAACCACAGGAUACUAGCUGUCAGAACUUUGCUGGUUCUGUUCCUGGCCUGGCUUUUCUUGGCCGGAAAAAACCUUAUGCUUGUUUUAGAAGGCACCAGUUAGAUAGGAGAAGGAGAGGAAAGAUGGCCACUCUAAAACUAACAGUUUUGGCCGGAUUGUUAGCCGUCUGCUUGGCGCAUGCAACGGAUUCGGUUGACCAUAUUUCUCAACUGAUUAAAGACGGGCAGGUCAGAAGCAAGGGCCCUGUCCAGAUACCGAAACCGACGCCUACCCGCCAUUUUGAGCAUUAUGUCCGGCUCGAUACCACUGGCCAGUUCUGGCUGUUUUGGACCGCCAAUACCACCCACGUGAUCUUUGAGACACACGUGAACACGCAUGGCUACAUUGGUUUUGGAAUCUCCCCGAACGGAAAAAUGUUCCCUGCUGACGUCAUCGUUGGCGGAGUCAAGGACGGUCAGACCUACUUCAAGGACUAUCACACUACUGAGCAUUCCCCGCCAGUAGUUGACCAAUCACAGGACUGGUUCCUCAUCGCUGGCAAGGAAACUGCAUCCGGGACAGUCCUAACCUUUGUGCGCAAACUCAACACCUGUGAUAGUGUUGGUGACAUGGUCAUUACGGAUGACACCACUAGACUUAUCUUCUCCUACAAUCCUGUUGACGUGACGAGUUAUAUCCCCUACCAUGGCGCCACCAGGAGAGGAACAAAGAGCGUCAUGCUGCUGUCUUCAUCGUUGACACCUGAGGACGUCAACUUUCCUUCCGACAUAUCUACGUUCGACUUAGUUCAAGACAAUUACCACGUUCCGAACAGCACCACCACCUACGCAUGUCGAGCCUUCAGGUUACCUCCCCUUACCUCCAAACAUCACAUGAUCAAGUAUGAGCCAGUCAUUACUAAAGGAAAUGAGCUGAACGUGCACCACAUGGUUGUCAACCGUUGUGACAAGCGUGCUGCCGACCUAGCCGCGUACGACGGCGCCGUUUUCCAGUGUGGAGAUGGUAAAUCGGAACCGGAACCUCUGCGAAGUUGUCUCUAUAAGGUCAUCAUCGCUUGGACCGUCGGAGGGGAGGCGUUUUACUACCCCCCUUCUGCCGGGUAUUCACUCGGGACUGAUGACGACCCCGACUUUCUGAUCCUUCAAACCCAUUACAACAAUCUUUUUGCUAGAGCAGACAUCGUUGACAGUUCAGGCAUUCGAAUCACCAUGACUCCCACUCUUCGAACGCACGACGCCGGGCUCCUACUUCUUGGAAUGAGUGAGUCUCCGAUGCAUAUUAUUCCCCCCAUGGAACCAGCCUUCGUUUCCCAAGGGUUUUGUCCUCCAGAACUUCUCGGGAAGGGCGUACCACAAGAGGGUAUAAACGUAUUUGCGAUUCUACAGCAUUCCCAUCUUCUGGGCAAAGAAAUGAUAACACGUCUCUACCGAAAUGGUAGCGAACUCGAACCACUGGCUGUCGACAGACAUUAUGAUUUUGAUUAUCAGGACAUGCGCUACCUUUCGAAGGAGAGAAAGAUAUAUCCGGAUGACAAAGUCGAGGUGAAAUGCGUUUACGAUUCGAGCCACAAACAAAAUAUAACAUGGGGUGGAUUCUCUACACAGGAUGAGAUGUGCGAGUCAUUUCUUAUGUACUAUCCUCGUACGCACCUGGACAUCUGUUUUAGUCUGCCCCUGUAUAACACGAUAACUGACAAUGCUGAUCUACUGUUUCCUGUGCUCAAGUCAUGGAACUGGACCGAUCCGGCAGUUAGAGCUAACUUCCGGUCAGCGCUAGACAACUCGCUGUAUGACCAUUACCUCUUGGGAGACACUGACGCAUUUAAUGGAAACAUUACCAAAAUGGAGCACCCAACACAAAACCCGUAUGUAAAACCUCAGGAUACCAGAUGCCAGCAUUAGUCUGUUCCUUUCCCAUGCUUGAUUUUCUGAACUGAAAAAUAGUGAACAAUUGCAAAAGGGACACAUUUUUAAAAUUAUUUGAUUAUAAAGUGAUCUAUAAGUAAUAUAUGUAUUUUGGCGUGUGUGUGUACAUCUAUCAUCAUUUAUAAUAUUCAGAAUAUUCAGCUCCUGGUAAUUUAUGCAAUUGUAAUUAAAGGAAAUACAUUCGUUAUUCAUUUGCCGAAGUAUUUUCAUCAUUUGAACCUUUUCUCGAAAUGUAAAACAGAACCGUACGCGUUUGUAUGUUAUUAUCCUGAUUGAACCUUUCGUUAAGAGAAGGUAACACAUACCAGUGACGGAAGACUAGAAUUAUUUCUUUUGAAAUAACAAGGAUAAAUAUUCACAUCUCAAUUCUACACAAAUCACUUAUCAUUAUGCUGUUUUUACAGAGAAAAACGUUUCAAUAUUUUAAUUAAUCGAAACUUCUUUGCCUGUGAAUUACAGACAUUUGAUAAUAUCACAUUGCUUAUUCAAGGUAUUUGUAAUUAAGAAGAAAUACUGAAUCAUUUAAUGGACACAUGUAUGCUAUCUGGUAUGUUUGAUAUAUGAAAAAUGUUAAAGUUACGGACUAAUUUGUUUGCAAUGUCGAAGGCAAAGUAUACAUCUCACAGCACUAUAUUUAUACAUUGUAAAAAUAACACUUUAUAUAUACGUAUAUAAAUAACACUUCGUUGCUAACAUCUCAUAUUGGGUUAAUUCAUAUACGUGAUAAUUCCUCAAAAUUAGAAUCAGGCGAUCAUAAUCAAAACCAUCUAAAAGUGUCGAACCAAAUGCAUAUAAUAACAAACCUAAACUUUAUCACAACUCGCAAGCAAAUGUUCACAAAUACAGGUUGAUAAAGAUGACUAAAAAUUUGUAAAUAUCGUAACCAAAUAUGCUCAGAUCGUCUUCUUCGAGAACUACACUUCAUCAAGUAGAUUAACGUGGCCUUUAUUGGUAAAUAUAAAAGUAUAAAUAUCAGAGACACCAAACAGUGGUAUAUAAUAAAUGACGUAACAGUUGUAAAAUGGGUGUAGAGAACACUGUUUUUGCUAACUGGUUUUUAUAUCAAGGAUUGUGUAUUAUUGCCUUUAUUCAGUAACCUCCCCUUAACUUCCGUUUGGAUAUAAUGAAGUAGCACGUUGGAUCCAAGACUCUUCUAUUUACCGAUAGCGCAAUUGGUUAGAGCGGUGUUAUAUCAAUCUGAAGUCCAGUGCUGGAAUCUCGGUCUAGCCUUGUUGAUGCUAUUUAAUCUCAAAACACUGCUCUCAAUUUCACUUCGUUUUGUCGUUUAUAUGUUUUUCUCAUUAAAGCCGUGCAAGGUAUGUUAUUUUCAGAAAUAUUUUAUCAAAGCAGUAGUCAUGCCAGAAAAACAGCUUCCAAACAUUCGUUACAGUUCUUGGCAUUAGCUGGGGAUCAUUAAAUCACAUAACAAACUAAUUGUUAUAUUUCCGUAAGUAAAAGCAUAAUAAAUAAAAAAAAUCAGCACGUGGUUGUUGAUCACCAUGUUUUUGUUGAUUAUUUAGUGGUUGUAGUUCACCAAGUGGUUGUUGUUCAUCAGGUCGUUGUUGUUCAUUAAGUGGUCGUAGUUCACCAAGUGAUUGAUGUUCAUCAGGUUGCUGUAAUUUAAUUAAGUGUUUGUAGUUCACCAAGUUGUUGUUGUUCAUCAGGUUGUUGUUGUUCAUUUAGUGGUUG